GAUACAGUGGCACAAACCAUAAUCAUGAAAAUAAUUUUAGACGCAUUUACAUUUCUAAGCUUUAUCAUCUCAGAGAUAAUUCUAAUGUUUUCUGAGACACAAGAUAAACAAGAGUUAUUAUUCAUUCGUUCACCUCUACAUUACGUGAAUUCAGAAGGAAUUCUUUAUGAACCUACAAUUCUGACAGAUCAUGAGUUCUCCGCUGAAAAAUAUGCAUCUGAAAUAAGAAAUGCUAAGAAGGAUGAAGACAAAAAAAUUAAGGUUUUAAUGCAGACUUUAACAAGCAGAACAAACCGGGAACGUCAAAAAAUUAUGGAAGUUUACCUUAGUAAAUUCAAAAAGUCAUUAGCUGAUGAAAUUAUCAACGUUAAUCCUGAACAAUUAAAGUUACUUUUGAAAGAUCUUUUAACAAAUCUACCCAUUCUGAUUGCUGAUGAACUCUUUGAAGCAUUAUCUUCAGGUGAUUUGAAGGCAUUAACAAGACAUUUAAUUGAUUUUUGGGGCAAUGAAUUUAGUUAUGUUGAAAAAAGUUACAAAACAAAUUACAAAGAAUCAUUUUGGAAAAGAGCGGAAAACAAAUUUGGAAAUUCUGUAAGAAAUCUUCUAGAGUGUGUAGUUGACACUAGACGCAAUGAAGUGAAACAAGACUCGCCAAUUAAAGGAAGAGGCGGCAAACCAAUGGUUGUCUAUGCAUCAACUGUCAAAGUUUUCAAUCAACUGAAAGGCAUUAUAAAUCAACAAAACGAUGAUGCAGGACAACAGUUAAGUCAACUUUUCUGUCAUACUGAUCCAUUUCAACUUGAGUUGGUUGCCAAACUGUACAAUGAGACACAUAAUGAACAUGUAAAGGAAUAUAUCCUACGGGAAACGUCUGGUGCAUUACGUGAUGUUCUUACAGAAAUAUACGAUUAUUCGGUUGACAAGCCGAUGUAUUUUGCAAGUAUAUUUCACGAUGAAUUAACUAAAACAAAAACGAAUGCACUGAAACUUCAGCGCCUACUAAUUUUACGUUCAGAAAUAGAUUUACAUUCCAUAGAUAAAUCAUAUAAACGAAAGUAUGGUGUUUCUUUGUCAAACGAAAUAAAACAAAAGUUCACCGAUCAGUACGGAGAAGCACUGCAGUCAAUUUUAAUGAAACGUGAAAUAUCAAAUAUUUUUCAACAUUCAGUAGAAAUAAUUAUUUAACUAUGAACAUAUUUGGAUAUUUUAAAUCUUUUGCAAAUUUUAGCAAUCAAAUUCAAAAAUUAACAUAUUCACUUUGCUUAAUAUAACUAUCUUGACGUUUAUUAUGAUUGUUUCUUGUCUACAAACGACUGUCAUCAGAUGUUUAUUUUAUUACAUAGUGAUAAUUCUUCGUUAAGGUAAUCUUUUAUUAUUCGAUUAUGCCUAGAUUUAAAAAGAAAUUUAUUCACACAUUAACCGGAUCAGAAAUAUUCUACCCGUCUAUUCUGCCUAUAAUUGUUCAUUCGAAUAACAGACCAUAUAAAUGAUACUUGAUCAUUAUAUUGUAAUAAAAGUCAUUCAAAUCGCGAAAUAUAUUGGUUAAUUCUUAAGGAAAAAUACGGUUUUUUUGUUCAUCGAAGAAAUAUCUCCUUUUAACGACUUCAUUUUCAAGUUAACUGUACAGUCGUAUUUAUAUUACGAAAAAAGGCAUUAUGUCCACAUCUAUGUGCAAAUAAUCAUCCACAUGCUUAUGUGGAACUGAUUACAUUGGACAUUGUAAGCGUAAUCUCCGUAAACACGUAGCUGAACAUUACCCGGUUUGGUUAAUGAAAGGUGAGCAAAAGACAACAAAGUCUUCAA